GCAACUGGGAGAUGUGGUAUUUGGGCCAGAAGCAAGCUUCUUCAAACUGACAUCCAAGCAUUAUGUUUGAAAGACAACAGCAGUAAACCUGUGCAACCUGAUGCCCUAGAACUUUUAUGGUAUCUGUGUUAUGGCUUUGCAUGAUUUGCAUCCCACAACACAACGGAUGUGUACACCAAACAAUACUGGCUAUUGCCCUCCGGGAUUAGAACAUUUGGACAAGGUGAAUCAGUUAGUAGUGUGCCAACGUUUUGAUAUGGAAGUACUCAGUCACUUGGAAAUUAAUAAAACAUAUGAAGUCAUGAAUAAUCAAGGACACAGGCUCUAUUUUGCAGAAGAGAAAACCAAUUGGUUCAUCCAGAAUUUUUGUGGAGCAACAAGACCUUUUACUAUGACAAUUUAUGAUAAUUUAGGCCAAGAUGUUAUUACUAUCCAUAAGGCUCUGAGAUGUAGCUGUUGCUUGAGUCGCUGCUGCUUACAAAAGCUGAAAGUUGAGGCUCCACCUGGCAACAAAAUUGGAUAUGUUUGUCAAUCCUUCCACCCAUUUUUGCCAAAGUUUAAAAUAAAAAACGAGAAUAAGGAAGAUAUUAUGAAAAUCAGAGGACCGUGUUUGAUUUCCAGCUGUGUCAGGAAUCUAAAUUUUAAUCUAUUGUCUCUGGAUGAGGAAACAGCUAUUGGAAAUAUUUCAAAACAGUGCCCUGCAGUUGUGAAGCGACUACUGAGUGAUACUGGUAAAUUUGGGAUCCAGUUUCCAUUUGAUCUUGAUGUUAAAAUUAAGGCAUUGGUACUUGCGGCAAGCUUUCUCAUUAACUACAUGUAUUAUGAACUCUGGCCCUAACAAUCAGCCUGAAAGACCAUGACAAAAGUGUUUACGUUAAGUCAUUAAGUGCUGACAUGCCUCAGCCACGGUCAUCACACAACUGUCACUGAAACAUCUAAAUAAAGAUGGUGGCCACUGA